UCCACAAAUGAGCCCUUCGAAGAUUCAAAGAAGGCACUCGAGAGCCAGCGAGGGAAAGAAGAGAGAGAUAAUGGGGCGGAAGAACUUUCCUGUUCUGGAGGUUCAUCCCCUCUUCCUCCCCCUGUCUUCCGUUCAUUCACCUUCCGGAUAUUCUUCCCAUAUACCCACUUCGUUCCUCGUCCGUUCCCCGAUUCUCAUUCCCCCAUCCGAGGCGCAUCCGCUUUCCAGUUUCUGUCGGGUUCCACACGGCGACCAUGGUCAUUUCCUCUGUGUUCACGAUGCCUGCAGCUCCGCCUCUUCUCGCAUGCAAAUCGGGGUUCAAUCAGGCGCCUCUGCCUGUUCACAUGAGGUUUGACAUAUCUAAGUCAUCACAGCUGUCUAAUGGAAGAUUGUCGCUACCUGGGUUCUCAUGCACACAUCAGGAGAGCAUAGUUGCCCUGAAUCCUGAUAGUACAGUGAAGCCUGAAGGUAGAGUGAAAAUAUUCUCUGGGUCAGCAAACCUUCUGCUUGCACAGGAAAUUGCCUCCUACAUGGGCAUGGAACUUGGUAAGAUUAACAUCAAACACUUUGCUGAUGGGGAGGUCUAUGUGCAACUGCAAGAGAGUGUAAGGGGCUGCCAUGCGUUUCUUGUGCAACCAACAUGCCCCCCAACAAAUGAGAAUCUUAUGGAGCUCUUGAUCAUGAUAGAUGCAUGUCGGAGAGCUUCCGCACGAUCCAUUACAGCUAUCAUUCCAUAUUUUGGAUAUGGUAGAGCAGAUAGAAAGACUAAAGAACGUGAGUCCAUUGCAGCUAAACUUGUUGCAAACCUGAUCACAGAUGCAGGAGCCAACCGUGUCGUUUCUAUUGAUUUCCAUUCUGGACAGGCAAUAGGAUAUUUUGAUAUUUCUGUUGACCAAGUGUAUGGCCAGCCCGUGAUUUUGGAUUACUUGGUUAGCAAAAACAUUCCUUCAAAGGACUUGGUUGUUGUCUCACCUGAUGUGGGUGGGGUUGCUCGUGCACGUGGUUUUGCCAAGAAGUUGUCAGAUGCACCUUUAGCUAUUGUCGACAAAAGGCGUCAAGGCCAUAAUAUUUCUGAGGUUAUGAACUUGAUUGGUGAUGUGAAAGGAAAGGUUGCUGUUUUGGUGGAUGACAUGAUUGAUACUGCCGGGACUAUCACUAAUGCGGCAGCUUUAUUACAGCAGGAAGGUGCUAAUUCAGUGUAUGCAUGUUGCACUCAUGCUGUUUUUAGCCCUCCUGCAAUAGAGAGGCUGUCCAGUGGUGUUUUUCAGGAAGUGAUAAUAACAAACACUAUCCCAGUUGCAGAACAUAAUUAUUUCUCUCAACUAACUGUCCUUUCUGUUGCAAACCUUCUAGCUGAGACCAUCUGGCACAUACAUUCUGAUGGCUCUGUUAGUGGUAUGUUCAAGUAAGGUUAUGGCAGGAGGAAUUUUGAUGAAGUGUUCAUCAUGGGCUUGGCAAAUUGAGCAGGCAAAACCAAAAAAUUACUGCUAGUGUAAGUUGCUGUCUUUUAUGUUUGCUAAAAGAAGUCAUUCAAGGAACCGAAGGUAUAUUGCCGGCCUUUCUGUUCAUCAACUAAUGAUUCGGAACAU